GGCUUCUAGAAAUAAACACAUUCAGUUCUUCUGCCACAACCUUAUUUUUUUAGUGAUAAACUGCAACAGCCUUUUAAAGUCUUUUUAAUACUUGCAGCCACAGUAUUUUUAACUUUUUUUUUGUGAUUUUUAGUAUGACUUUUUCACAUCAUGACAUCAGACAACUGUUAAAUUUCAUUUAAUUCUGGACUGGCAGUAGUGUUUGGGAUUGCCCUCCACACGCACACACACAUACACAAUUAAUUCGCUACUAUUUUGUUUCAAAAUUUUAUGAAACAAUGGUAGUUUUGAAACUCCAAUUUUUAUCAGUUCUCUUCCUCACAAGCAUCAUGGGAGCGGCACAAUAUACGAUGCAAGAUGCAGCUCUGAUGAACUACAUUGACCGGCGUUUCCUAGCUUUAGAGAAGAGGCUGGAAAGAUGCAACCAAGACAUACUGGAUUAUGUGGAAGAAUUCCGAGACUUUUCAAAGAUGGUACUGUCACGCCUGGCAGGACUGAACAAUUAUAAGGCUGAGGUUAAAAAUGAAGUAGAGAAUUUGCUAACAAGAAUUGAACGAGCACAAAGGGACAUUGACUAUUUUGGAUCUGUCACAGAUUCUAAUACAUGUAUAGAAGUACAUGAAGACCUGGUGAAACAGCAGCUACUGGAAGAAGCAGAAGAACAAAAGAAACUUAAACUCAUGCUUAAUGCAAGUUGUGACCACAUGCUUGUGGGUAUUAAGUCCAUAAAGGUAGUUAAGAAGACUGGAGAUAAGCAUGGCUCUUGGAUGAAAGAUCCUGGCAAAAAGCAUACAAAGAUUUAUUUAUUGAAUGGUUCUGUAAAUGAUGUUAUUUUUGAAUUUUCAAAUAUCAUGACAUUCAUGGAAAGUAAUCAUACACUAAAGGCUCGCAGAGUCACCUUGCCAUUUCCCUGGGAAGGAACUGGUCACAUCAUAUAUCAGGGUUUCCUGUUCUAUCACAAAUAUGGCUCCUUAAAUGAGAUAAUUAAAUUCAAUAUCCAGAAAAGAAAUAUAAGUGACCAAAUGCUACUGCCAGGGGCUGGAAGGAUUCCUGCUUAUCAGCUUUCUCCAUCUACAAAAAUAGAUCUUGCCAUUGAUGAACAAGGACUCUGGGCAAUCCAUGCAGAACCAGAGACUGGAGGAAAAAUUGUAAUUACUAAAAUCAACCACGUAACCAUGGCAGUGGAGCACACUUGGGACACCUCAUGCAAUAGCAAGGAUGCUGAAGCAGCUUUCAUGGCAUGCAACACGCUCUAUGUUGUCUACAACUCUCCUAGCGGAGGCACCUCUCGCAUACAAUGUGUUUAUGAUGUGUUGGGUGCUGUAAAUACUUAUGAAAUCCCAGUAUUGCAUUUUCCAAAACGUCAGGGUAGCCAUUCCACCAUACACUACAAUCCUAAAGAAAAGCAACUUUUUGCUUGGGGUGAUGGAUCCCAGAUCAUUUACAAGCUUCACACAAAGCAAAAAGUCUAGAAUCUUUAGCAACUUUUCAAAUACACUUAAAACCUAUCAGUCCCACGUCAACUUGAUCAAUAAAGCAUAUUAAAAGUACACUAUUCCCAUUUGUAACACCUUUCGUUUAUUUUACAUAAAUUUAGACUUACAUACCCCAGUGAUCUUAAACUAAUGUCCAAAAAAGAAUAUGUAAAGACUCUGUUACUAUGAAUUAUAUGGUGAUUAAAUACCACACAUGUGCAACUCACACACACAAAUCAAAGACUAAGGAUAAGUAAAAGAAAAAUAAUCCAUGUCUGACAUGUUCUCUUCCUAUCAAAACUAUGUAUUCUGCUUCAGUGUCACGGAAGUCAAAAGUCCUUCCUGUCCAAUACACAUUAUCUGACAAUCUUCACUACCUUGAAGCUCACUGUAGGAAGCAGUUUUGUGAGCACUAUAAAAUCACAUGCUUCCAGAGAAAUUAUCUGUAAGUUUUAACAGGAGAGGUUUAUUAUAUCACAAAGCAUAGGAGUAUAAAAAUAAACCACGUUUGUGAGGUUGUAACAUUCUUGCGCAUUACACCAAGGCUAUUCCUAAUCACUGAACCUCUAGACUAUUUCCAUGAAAUUUCCACACUUUUGUUAUGCACAUAACUGUACAGUCUAUUUUUGAUCCUGCUAAUAUAUUUGCUACAGCUAAAUAUCCACUUUUAUCAGCUUCAAUUUCCCACCUUCCAAUUUUUUUCAGUGGACCACUGCUUGUGUGUCAGAAGGAAUGCUCCUAGAUGAUCUGUUCUGUACCACACAGUAUUUUUUAAGUCUUUUACAUAUCACUCUAAUUGUUUCCUUUCUUAUUAGCCCUCUAUCAGCCUCUAGUUGUGAGGCAUUUUCUCAAUACUUCAAAUAUCUUCCAUUGCUCAUCGCAGAAUCUUUUCUAUCUUAUUCUCUGACUCCAGCAAAAUACACGUACAGAAAAGGUGACCCCGAUGACCACAAUAGUGCAAGUGAGGGCAUGCCACUGGCCUGUCCUCGUUUUGUGACUAACAGAUAAAAUCCAGGUAAAUACUAACAUAUUUUUGUUUCAAAAACAAUAUUAAAAGACCCAAACAAACCUUAGACUUUUACUUGUGAAAUAUAGGUACUAGCUGUAGGUUUUGGAUUUUAAUGAAAGCUGCGUUUUGGUUUAAUAAACCCAAAAAAAACCCAAAACACAAAAAAUUGUGCUUGAAAUGCAAUCCACAGCUGUUUCUACAGAAAGCCCAUUUUGUUCUUUACACUGAAAGAGCUGUUGUUCUGUUUAAAAAUAGCUUCGACAGAAUAGCCAAACAUCAGGGAAUGAUUUUGAAAAGGAGUUCCAGAAUACAACAAAGACGUCUGGACUGCUGAGAUGCAACAUGCUCCUCUGCUUUUUGCAAGAAAAACUGUAAUGUUCUAAGCAGCCUUCAUGACUGCAGCAUUACUUCUGUGCUACAGAAGCCAUGGGAAGCACAGUUAAAGACAUCCUCAGGCUGAAAGUAAGGUGAGCUGGCACUGAGUUCCUGUGUGACCGUUGGUCAAAGGGAGAUUCAAAUAUUAUUAUUCACUUUUAUUCCUCACUUUUAACGUUACAGUUAAAUACAAAAUGGUAUUAGCCACCUUUGGAAUCCUUUGAGAUCUUUUGCUGCAAA